AUUUUCGUUGAUGCGAUAAAAGUACUACCAACUUAACGUUGAUUAAAAUCUACCUGUUAUGAAACGGAACAUUAAGCGAAGAGAGCGAGACAGCUAUUGUUUUCUAUUUCGUUCGCGCGAGUAAAUUUCUGUUUGCUUUGUAAAUGAAAUGUUUGACAGCCCAGUCAGCCCAUGAAAUAAACCAAUUGUCUGUAAUGUGCAUUUUUUACAACAUAAAAGUAUAAUUUUUCCAUAAAACCGUAGUGAUCUUCAAAAAGAAAAUUUUACUAGUGUUAAAAUCUAGCUCAUUUCAUUUAUUAGUAAGGUACUAAUUCAUAAUUAUGUGUUAUAAAUUACACAUACGAAUAAUUGUUAACACGCGAUUUGCCGGUAUGCUGUAGAUACAAUAUUAAUCAGAAGUACAUUAGAUACUCCUACGUGACAUCAAAUUGAUGAAGGAAUAAUGUAUGAAGAGGAUGAUUACAUUGAAGAAAACACAUGGACAUACAUUACAUUAUGUGGUGAACCAACCUUCUACGAGGGGCUUAGAUUUGCAAAAGACUUGAUAAUAGCGAACGUUAUUCUGCGCUGUAUAAUACAGUACGUGCCCAUACCACACAACGUGAGGCACAGCGUGUCCCUUGUCAUCGGAACCUUCCUGCUCUACUGCAAUGUCGGCGCCGCCUUCGUGUGGACAGUGGGCCUGGCUGCCAGCUCCUACAUUAUUAUACUGGCUCUAUCUUACUUGACCAAGAAGCAUAGAGGGGUAAUAAUCUCCAUCAUUACCAUUGGUUAUCUGCUACUGUGUGAGGUAUAUGUGAUCAAUCCCAAGAUGUGGCAGCAGAUUCGAGGUAUUCAAAUGAUAGCAGCAAUGAAAAUAAUAUCAGUAGCCAUAGAUCUGGAUAGAAAUCUUUUUAAGAGUAUGAUCAAUCCUGUUGAGUUUGGCGGUUACAUGAUGUGCCCAGCCAAUUGUAUUCUUGGACCAUGGAUCUCCUUUCAUACCUACAGCACUUACCUUGAUGUAAAAUUUUUAUCAAGGAGGUGGAUAAAAUUAGUUAUGAUAAAUUUUGCAUUAUCAAUGUUUUUUUUAGUUUUGUCAAAUUGCAUUGUUCCCUGGUAUGUCCCAGAUAAUAUUACUAAAUGGUUGGUUGCCUAUCGAGAUGCCCAAGCUUUUAGGAUGUCACAUUAUUUUGUUUCAAGUAUGUCAGUGGUGACAAUGCUGAGUGCAGGUUUUGGUCUCACAAAUGACUGUCACUCAGAACUAACUGUCACAAGACCAUUCUUUAUUGAGCUUCCAAGAUCUCUUGUGCAAGUAGUAGUUUACUGGAAUAUGCCUAUGCACCAAUGGUUAAAGAAUUAUGUAUUUAGGACAUGUCAACCCUUUGGGCACUUUGUUGCUCUGCUAUCAACUUAUGUGGUCUCUUCAUUGCUCCAUGGUCUGAAUUUCCAAUUAGCUGCUGUCUUGCUGAGCAUCGGAACCUUUUCAUAUGUAGAAUAUAAUUUUAGACAGAAGGUUGCAGCAGCAUUGGAAGUCUGCUGUUUAACUAACCCAUGUACAAAAGCGUGCCACCACAGACACAAAAAGAACAGUUUCCUAGCUGUGCUUAUCAACACUGUAUUUUCCUUAACAACUAUAAUACACCUAGCUUAUCUUGGAGUAAUGUUUGAAGCAUCAUUUUCUGUCCAGGAGUCUGGCUACUCUUACAACCAUACACUCAGUAAAUGGGAAAACCUUAAUUACUUCAGUCAUGGUUUAGUUGCAUUCACAUACAUUAUCUAUUUAAUGAUGUAACUUUACUAGUUGAAGAAGUUAAUCAUUAUAGUCAAUAGCAUUACAAGUAAUACUCUGAAUUCACAAUUUUUACACUGUAUCUUGGGUUUCUAUUGCACAGAACAUAAUCACACCUAAUGAUAGGAACUAGUGGAAAUAUCACGAUAGGGUUAAGAUCAAUAUUUGGUAGCUAUAUUUGUAUCCAGUUUUAAUAAAACAAAGAAAUACUGUCAUUUUGUAUUAGAAUCUUUCAUAAAUGCAUUGUGUGAUACUACCAAGGAGGGCCACCUGAGCUAUGAGAAGUAUAAAUGGAUAUAUAUGUAUUCUAAAUUCAUUAAGAAUAUGUCAUCUAAUUAUAUCACCUUACAAAAUUUGCAAUGCAAAAGUACCUAUUUCACUUAGAUUCUUUUAUCAUGAGGUAACUUAAAGCUGGGUGUGACUGGUAGAUGUGUUUUAUACUUUGUUUUAAAAAUGAAAAUAUUAAAAAAAAACAUCUUUCAUUACAGUUGUGAUGGAAAUGCUGGGUAGUAUCACACAUUUGUGACCGCGGCUGGCAAAACAUUCCACUUUGUCUCUUGUCAUAAGUAUGUCUUGGCAGGUUAUUUGUAUAAAGAUACAAGUAAAUCUUAUCCUUAUGUCGAUUUGCCAGCCGCAGUCACAUUUAUUAUAUCAUUGUAAGUACUGAAGAGUAUGGUGAUUGAUAAAUACAUUUCUCAAUCUGACAUAUUUACUGGAGAACUGUGUAAUGUAGUUUAUGUAGGUUUUUAUCUUAAUAAUAUCAAUUUCAAAACUGAUUCUAAUUAUUAGUUUAAUUCUAAGGAACACAAAUAUCAUUGUAUAAUAUCAGAUCUUUCGAAUCUCAUUCUAUUCUUAACUUUUAUAUGAUUGAUCUCUUAGUAUUAUUAUGUUUUAAGACUACUAUUUUAGCUCUGAAGCAAAAACAUUUCUAUACUUUUUCCUUUAAUUACAAAAAGUGCAUGAAGAAAUGUUAGACAUAAAUAUUAGCAGCACAAUAAAAACAGCUAAAGUUAU